UCGUGCGCAUGUUGGAUUCGUUUUUCUAGACUCGUACACGGCUAAGGAGCUACGGCUGAUUCGGUGCCGAGCAAAGACUGCAGCCUAAAGGCCAAAAAGUCGGAACUUACCCAUAGGAGAGAUUUCACCUGCAAAUUAACUUUCGGUUCGUCAAACGUCCGUGCCUGACGCAACACACGUACACGACAAAGAGUAACGAUACAAUCGCAAGAAAAAGGGCUGAUCUUGUUGGAUGCAAAACAGAAAAGCUGCAUUUGCUGGAAUGAAUAAUGAAAAAUACCAAAAACUUCUACAACAAGGUCCUUACCCCGAGUUGUUGCCUCUAAGGAUCUCCUUUUGUACAGUCUCGAUUUAUUGACUUUUUGUUGUACACAAAGAGCACUAAAACGAAAACCUCGCUUCAACUACAAAACUCACAUUCAAAAUGCAGCGGCUUAUUCAUAGUGAGAUUAAUAUUGUCGCUUCUAGCAGCUACUACACGACAGAAGUAGAGCAAAACACAAAAAGUUCUGGUUACAACUCCAUCUCAACUUCUAACCUGGUUAUUUCAGCUUCUAUCGAGUCUUCAGAACAAUGCAGAUCUCGAUCAAGACGCUGACGGGGCGGAAGUCGAAUUUCAACUUCGAGCCCGACAACUUCGUGAAGCACGUCAAGGAGGCGUUGCAGGAGAAGGAGGGCAUUCAGAUGGAACAGAUCCGACUCAUCUACCUGGGAAAGCAAAUGUCAGACGAGUGUCAACUCCAAGAUUACAACGUAAAACCUGGCUCGAUUAUUCACAUGGUUCUCCAGCUGCGCGGUGGUUCUUCUACUUCGUGCUGA